AUGGCCAACACAAUACUUGAUCAGGGAGGUUGCACGAACCUAUGGCCAUUCAGAGUGGACGAGCUAAGAGAUUCGAAGCAAUUGGUGAAGAAACUGAGCAUCCCCCAAGACACGAAGCAAUUCGUAUUCGCGCUGCGUGAUCCCCAUACCCAAUCAAUCAUUUACAUUCUCUCCUCUCUCAAUUUAUCGGAGCGAUCAGCCUCCGAUGCCACGUGUCUCAUCAAGGAGAUCAAACCCGACGCCGUUUUGGUGCAAGCCGCCGUUUCCCCCUUCUCCGAGCUUCAGUCCGAAGAGGACUCCGUUCCGGUACCAACCUCUUCUUUCGGGGUAAUCAAACGUUGUUUUCUUGAUAAAAUUGGUAGGGACAUGUACGAGAGUGUUGCAUGUAACUUUGUGUUGAGGGAGAUUUUCGGGACCAGUUUUCAUGGUCCCUUGUUGGCUGCUAAGAGGGCUGCUGAGGAUGUUGGAUCUUCGUUUCUUGUUAUAGAGUCUCCUUCUUCUUGGGGUAAUAGUAAUAAUAGUGAUAGUGAUAGCAACUCCUAUAGGGGGAGUCAUUUUCGGAGUCUUAUUAAUAGUUUGGUUCCUAAGCAGCAUGCUGCUUCUUGGGCUCCUUCGGCUUUGAAGAGGUUUUCUCUUGAUAAGGAACUUAGGAUGAUGUUGGCCAAGGCUUUAUCUGGUUCUUUGGAUCCACUUUUGCUUAGUAGUGGUGCUAAUGCUGGUUCUGUUUUGGAGAAGGGUAAUGAGGAAAUUCAGCCAUCGAAUAGUUAUGAGACCCCUGGUUUUGCCAGGUCUAUUUAUGCUUUGCUUGAGGAUUUGUAUAGUAUAUUUGGUGAUCUUCCGUCGCUUGGGAAGGCACUGGCACAUGUGCAGAAGAUGCUGUUGGAUGUGAAUAGAGGGGAGGGGUUGAGGCCGAGUAAUAGGAAAGGUGCUGCAAAGUCAGAUAACAUUGAGUUCUCGGAGAUUCCGGCUGAUGACAAGUUGCACACUCUCUUUGCGCAGGCCAUUCGGAGUCAGACUGAUAAGUUUAAGACCAUUGUGGCGGUGGUAGAUGCUAUUGCCUUGGCUGGUCUUAGGAAGCACUGGGAUACUCCUCUUCCUGUUGAAGUCAAAGAGUUGGUUGGAGAGCUGAUCACAAAUUCUGAGGUCAAAGGGGUUAUGAUGAAUCAUAGUGAGAAGAAGUGGUUAUUAACAGAUAAACCUAUGGUGGCAGUAGGGGCUGGAGCGACAGCAGUUUUUGGAGCUUCAUCACUGACCAAAGUAGUCCCUGCAUCAACACUGGUGAAGGUUAUCACUUUCAAAAUUCCAACUUCACUCAAAAUCAGUCUCAGCCAGAUGCAGAAAGUGCUGGCUUUUGCCUUUGGCCAUUAUAAAGUUGUGGCUCCAGGGAUUGCGACUUCAGGAGCCAAAACAUCUGGCAUCAUGGAGGCAGCAGUAUCUGCUGAAAAGAUUUGA